AUGCCGCCAGACGACCCUGGUGACGCUCCCGAGAGACAAGAUGAUGAACAAUCAGCGGAGGGAGGCUCGAGUGGGGGUGUUGAUGAGGAGUGGAUCCGAAAACUGGUAGAUGGCGUAGUGGCGAAAAUCCCAAGCGCGGGAGGGACUUCUGCAAUGGAGACUGAUGUGACGGAGGACGGGUCGGGCCAGCCACCGAAUGCUAAUUCCGGACCUGCGGAGUCCGGGGGAUCAACAUUGAGCUCCCACCAACAGAACGGCCCUGAAGGAGCACCUUCAAGUCAUCAAUCCGGUGAAGCUCACAAAAUCUCCAAGACGCCCCCCCCACAGGACCCACAGCGGGACACCUGGGGAUCAAGCCCUCACAACCAUGACUCGCCAGCGGGCAACAAGAUGGCUAUCGACAAGACAACACCUCCAUGCCCCCGUACAACCCCCGACCCAUUGGUUCCUGAAACCAACGGCCUGCUCGCUCGCCCAAACAACGACAAAGAAGAAAUUGUGCCUCCGGCGGCCACACACUCUGCUGCACAUGCCCUGGAACCGCAGCCUGCCAACCCGGCUGAUCAGGAUGCCCAGCCCUCGACGGUGAGUAAUAAUGCCGGCCAUGCACCACCUGCGCCCACCUCCGCCACGCAAGGCACUGCGCCUGCAGACUCUAUGGAGAAGGGCCAAGAUGACACCAGCACCCUUCUCAACUCCAUAGCGUAUUGGGCUACCGCCCUCUGGCAAAAGUAG